AGGCAACAUGGCGUCCAGGUCCAAGAGGCGUGCGGUGGGGAAUGGUGCUCCGCGGCCGCCGGGCUCCCAGCUCCAGCGCGACGAGGAAGAGGAAGAUGAAGUCGAGGAUGAGAAGGAAGACAGUGACGAGGAAGACAGUGACGAAGAAGACGACGAGGUCGUUGACGAGGAAGUGAAUGUUGAAUUUGAAGCUUAUUCCAUCUCAGAUACCGAUUAUGACGGGAUUAAGAAAUUACUACAGCAGCUUUUCCUAAAGGCUCCUGUAAACACUGCAGAGCUAACAGAUCUCUUAAUACAGCAGAGCCACAUCGGGAGUGUGAUCAAGCAAACGGAUGUGUCAGAAGGCAGCGAUGAUGAUGUGGAUGUUGAUGAAGAUGAGAUUUUUGGUUUCAUCAGCCUUUUAAAUUUAACUGAGAGGAAGGGGACCCAGUGUGCUGAGCAGAUUAAAGAGUGGAUUCUGAGCUGCUGUGACCAGAGCGGGGAAGAGAGCCUGGUUGAACAGCUGGACAAGCUGCUCCGUGACACCGCCAGGCCCGUGGGUUUCCUCCUGAGUGAAAGAUUCAUUAACGUCCCGCCCCAGAUCGCCCUGCCCAUGCACCAGCAGCUGCAGAAGGAAUUAGCGGAGGCGCACAAAACUAACAAGCCAUGCGGGAAGUGUUACUUCUACCUUCUGAUUAGUAAGACAUUUGUGGAAGCAGGAAGACACAGCUCCAGAAAGAAACGGAGCAACCAGAAGACAGACGGGUUAAUGUUUGCAAAUGCAGAGGAAGAAUUUUUCUAUGAGAAGGCAGUCCUGAAGUUCAGCUACUCGGUGCAGGAUGAGAGCGACACGUGCCUGGGGGGCAGAUGGUCUUUCGAUGACGUCCCGAUGAAGCCCCUGCGCACAGUGAUGCUAAUCCCAGCCGACAAGAUGAGCGAGAUCAUGGAUAAACUGAAAGAACAUCUCUCUCUCUAACCCACUUCCCACGGACGGUGAAGGGCUUCCCUUUGUAAAAUUAGCAGAAAACUCAGUGGAGAUUUACUGAAAAACUCACGACUUUAUUCAGAGUAAGGUCUACAAAAAGUAGGGUUCUGCCACCCGUGUCUGUGACACGCUUACAAAAUGUCUUUGUUUUUUGCAUUUUGGUCAAAUCAUGAAUGGUUGAUUAAAAACUUUUUCAAUAAGAAGAAAAACAUGCAGGAGUAAUUUGAAGAACGCAAUAA